AAGACAGGAGAAUGAAUAUGAAGAAAAUACUGGCGCUACCUCUGACGUGAAUGGAAAGCAGGAUCGGAAUGUCUUAUUUUAAUGAAACUUUACAUUGUUGACACAUGUUUUAACCUGCUAAGAAAACUUUAUUUGGGCAGGGCAUUGAAAGUGCAAGAUGGCGUCGAUCAGCUGUUUGAGUAAAAGACAGUCGAUAGAAAGAUCUCUGUUAUAUUCUCGAUUUUUAAGUUCAUUUUUCAAUUUCAAACAGUUUUACAGAACAAAAGAUUAUUCAGAACGUUUAGCCUCAGCAUCAGUGGCUUCUUUCUAUAACCAAAGUGCCAUCGAGCAGGUGGCAGCUAAGCCAUCUGUGAGACUUACACCAGCAACUUUGCUGUAUGCUGGAAAGAGCCCAGAUAAUAGUCAUUUACUGCGGAGUGCUCAGUAUCUACAUAAUGAACUACCUGUACGGAUCGCUCACAGAAUCCGUGGAUUUCGAGGACUACCUUUCAUUGUUGGAUGUAAUCCUACCAUACUUAAAGUUCAUGAAAUGUACAUCAGAGCAUUUUACAUACUUCAUGAACAUCCCCCAAUUGUUGACUUUAAAUCAGAACAUGCCUAUACAAACACAUUGAAGACCUUACUUGAUGACCACAGCAAUGUCGUAACCAUGCUUGCUGAGGGAUUCUCAGAAUGCAGAAGGCAUAUUCAGGAUGAAGAAAUGAUAAGGCUAUUUUUGGACAGAAUGUUAAAAUCUCGACUAGGGAUUCGAUUGUUAGUAGAACACCAUGUUGCUCUUCAUGAUGAAAGACCAAACCAUGUUGGUAUUGUUGAUGUAAACUUUUCACCGAGGAUGCUUGUUGAACGAUGUGCUGAUAGUAUCAGGAACCUUUGCUUGUCUAAAUAUGGGUACUCUCCUCAUAUUCGUUUAAAUGGUCAUCUUCAUGCCAAGUUUCCCUAUAUACCACAACCUCUCGAGUACAUAUUGACAGAAGUUUUGAAAAAUGCUUACAGGGCCUCUGCAGAGAGUCAUGCCAAUAACAGAAGUAAUAUACCUGAUAUUGUUGUCACAAUAGCCAACAACAAUCUGGACUUCAUCAUAAGAGUGUCAGACAGAGGGGGAGGAAUCCCUCACAACAUCGUAGAGAGGGUGCACAACUACAACUUUACCACCUCAGGCAACCAUAACAACAAUGUUGUUGACCCUGAACCACAGGUCGGGCUGUUUGAUGAGAUUUCCAACCCUUCUAACAGGGGAGGGGAAGUACCUGGCAGGAUGCAUGGCUAUGGAUUUGGACUGCCCUCCUCCAGAACCUAUGCCGAGUAUUUAGGAGGAAGUCUAAGCAUGCAGACCAUGCAAGGAAUCGGGACAGAUGUCUAUCUGAGAAUGCUUCACAUUGACGGAACAUUGGAGAGUUUUCGUAUUUAACAUCAAGCUAGAAACUAAGUAUAAUAUUGCUUUGUAGUAAUUAGGUGCUUUUUACAAAUGUAUUAUAUGCGUGAAAUGAUCAAAAUCUCAGAGAAUCUCAUUACUUAAUUUGUAUAAUUUUUUUUUUCUUUUUUAUUGAAAAACUCAUUUUAUGUGAUAAUUAAGUUUUUUUUACUGCCAUUGAAUCUCAGUUUGUGAUAAAGUCAUGGAAUAUUUUUUCCAACAUGAACUUCAUAUUUAUAUUUAUGUACACUGUACUUACAUUUCAUUUUUUUUUGCAGAAUAUAUGAAUUUAUGAGAAAGAUAAAAAGUGCAUAUCAUGUAAUUGUAUUCAGUAUAUCUAAUUCUUUAUCAGUUAAUGGUUCUAAGAGUUCUAGUCAGCAUUUGAUUCACAUUUUUUGCGCAGUCA